AGAGCUGGCUGCGGAGGAGGCUGUGCUGCUGUGGCUUGUCUUCUGCUGGUCCCGAGUGAUGGGGAGAGGAAGUUUGGGAGCUCCUGGCUAAAGUCUUGUCUUCUGCACUGUGCAAUGUCCUGGCAUUCUGCCCUGCUCCUGCCCUCCUGGAUUACUGCCCCCUAGUGUGCUUUCUUGGAUUUUUAUUCUUGCCCUUGCUUUGCUUUGCCUUGACUUGCCACCAUGCUAAGGAGGAUCUUGCUGAGCGUCUUCAUGGUGGUAGUCACAGCACAGGGGACCUCAUUGCAAUACUCCAGUGACAUGUGCAAUUGGAGAGGGAGUGGACUGACCCACGAGAGCCACCGGAAGGACGUGGAACAGGUCUACCUGAGAUGCUCGGAAGGUUCGGUGGAAUGGCUUUACCCCACGGGGGCGCUCAUCGUCAACCUGCGCCCCAACACCUUCACCUCCAGCGUCCAGCACUUCACUGUUUGUAUCAAACCUUUCGUAGGCUCCGAAGGAGCCAAUAUUUAUUUGGAAAAAACUGGAGAACUGAAGCUUCUAGUGCGGGACGGGGACCACCAACCCCAAAAAGUCCACUGCUUUAGUCUGGAUCAAGGAGGCUUGUUUAUCGAAGCCACGCCCCAGUUGGACAUUAGCCGCAAAAUCACCGGCUUCCAGUAUGAACUUAUAAGCCAGAGGACACUCGAUUUACAUGCCAUUUCUGAUCCCUGCCGGCCGUGCAGCGACACAGAGGUUCUUCUAGCUGUCUGCAUUAGCGAUUGUGUGGUCAAAGGUUCCAUCUCGGAAGUGGCGGCCGACGCUGAGCAGCACGAGUCAAUCAUAAAUAUUUCAGUUGAUAAACUUUAUAGACAUAAAGUCAAGAUAUUUUCAGCCAGCAGAGAAGAUCACGGUUGGGAAGGACAUAUUAAGACGCCGCUGGAGUGUGGCGUUAAAGCGUUUGGGGACUUCUUAUUCACCGGUCGUAUGCACUUUGGGGAACCCCGACGAUGUGCCCCCCGAUAUAGAGAUUUCCAAAGGAUCUAUCAUGAAGCAAAAAAUAAGGGACUUAACCCUUGUGACAUUGUCACAGACUGAAGGACGUCUCUGCCUCACCUGGAAAAAAAUUAAUAAAUACGGAUGGACUUUCCGAAGUUGGGACUGGCGGAGUCUGAGUACGGAAAUGCUCUGAAGGAUUUAUAGUAGUGGUCAGGACUGUAGGAGGGGUGGGGCCCCGACACUGCCUGUCUGUCCCCCCCCCCCCUCCCCCAAACCAAUGGACACUGUUACACUAACGUGUUGGAGGUACGAGCCACGCCGCACAAGACGGCCAUUUUUAAGUCUUACUGAAAACUUAAAUUAUUUUGAAAUUUUUAUUUUCUUUAAAGGACUUGAGUCUUAAGGAGAAAAAAACUGCCUGUGCUAUUGGUUGGACAGGCAAGGCGGGUGUAGAAAAAAAAAAUGGCGCGAGAAUGUGGACCUUUUUUUAUAACAUGCUUUGUAAAAAGCUCGAUGUAAAUUUUCUUGAGAAUGUUUCUUAUGAAAGAAAUGACUGAAGAGAUCUUUUGGUGGGGUUUUAUUUUUUUUAUUGUACAAUCGUGGUCUGCCAUUUUGCACAGGCUGCGAAUUGUUGGGAUAUUUUUUUUUUUUUUUAGGUUCCAGUUAAAUAAAAUUGCCUUGGAAUUUA